CACCGAGAGGCGGCGGCGGCUGGCCGUGUGGCCGGAACCUGGCCAUCUAUCCGCCAUGGAGACCCGCUACAACCUGAAGAGCCCAGCUGUUAAACGUUUAAUGAAAGAAGCAGCAGAAUUGAAAGAUCCAACAGAUCACUACCACGCACAACCUUUAGAGGAUAACCUUUUUGAAUGGCACUUCACUGUUAGAGGGCCUCCAGAUUCUGAUUUUGAUGGUGGUGUUUAUCAUGGACGAAUAGUACUACCACCAGAGUAUCCUAUGAAACCACCAAGCAUUAUUUUACUAACGGCAAAUGGACGAUUUGAAGUGGGCAAGAAAAUCUGUUUGAGCAUCUCGGGCCAUCAUCCGGAAACUUGGCAGCCUUCCUGGAGCAUAAGAACAGCAUUGUUAGCCAUCAUUGGAUUUAUGCCUACAAAAGGAGAAGGAGCCAUAGGAUCUCUAGAUUACACACCAGAGGAGAGAAGAGCACUUGCCAAAAAAUCACAGGAUUUUUGUUGUGACGGUUGUGGCUCUACCAUGAAAGAUGUCCUAUUGCCUUUAAAAUCUGGAGGUGACUCAAGCCAGGCUGACCGAGAAGCCAAAGAACUUGCUAGACAAAUCAGUUUUAAGGCAGAAGUCAGUUCAUCUGGAAAGACUAUUGCUGAGUCAGACUUAAACCACUCUUUUUCAUUAAAUGAUUUGCAAGAUGAUAUACCUACAACAUUCCAGGGUGCUACCGCCAGUACAUCGUAUGGAGUACAGAACCCUUCAGCGGCAUCCCUUCAGCAACCUGCACAGCCUGUAGCUAAGAAUACCUCCAUGAGCCCUCGACAGCGUCGGGCCCAGCAGCAGAAUCAAAGAAGGUCAUCGAGUUCACCAGAUGUAAUUCAGGGCCAGCAGCCAAGAGACAACCAUACUGAUCAUGGUGGAUCUGCUGUACUGAUUGUCAUCCUGACUUUGGCAUUGGCAGCUCUUAUAUUCCGACGAAUAUAUCUGGCCAAUGAGUACAUAUUUGACUUUGAGUUAUAACAUUGUUUUGUGUUUUAAGAGCUGUGACUCAAGUGCUUCAUUAAACAUUCUGCAUUGGGUAUAUAUUGUUUACAAAAAGAUUGUUUUGUAUUUACUAUUCAUUCCUUUUUUUGAUCCUUAUUCAGUAGAAACAUCAUGUGGACAUUCACAUUAUGUCCAGCAGUGCGUCCUGCCUAGUUUAAGGGACUGGAAGACAGCUGUCCCUUAUCUCACUAUUUGACCUGCUUAUAGGGAAACAGCUCACCAUAUUUUCUCAUGCCUCAGCUCCUAUUUAUGUAAAUUUGUGAUAUAUUCUGUAUAGCCCUUUGAAAUCUUUGGAUGAAAGAUGGCAUUUCAAGUUC